UAAAUACUCCUUUUAUAUUCUCUGCUUCCCACCUGUUCCCACAUUUCAUUGUUGUUUUGACUGGUUUUGACUUUUAAUGUCUGUCAAUUGCAGUCAGUUGUGUCAUUACAAGUUCUUAACAUAAAUUAGCCUUGUAUGAAAAAAAUUUAAAACAAUAACACUAUAGACCUAUGAAAAAUUAUUCAAUAACAAAUUAAAUCUCAACUAUAAAUUCUAGCAGAGAAGUUAACUCAGGUGUUUUGAUUGUACUUUGACAAAAAAUGGAUGUGAGCUCUUUGUUCCGUGCUUCUGUAAAAACGAUAAGUCUUCGACAAAAAAACUUAGACACGGAUGUUACAAAACCAAUUUUAAGAAAAAGACGACAAGAAUCAGCUUUUCGUAAAAAAACAGAAUCACUUGUUAAUGAAAUUUCAAAACUGCAAUCUUUUCUUCUUGAAAAUCGUAGUUCUUAUUUAAAUUUUGCUCAUCAUUUAGCAGUAAAAGAACGAAUUGGUGAUGUUGAGCGUAAUCAAAUUGACAAUCAAGUUCAAAAAAUAAUAUCAUCAUCAUUACAAACAAUUGAUGACUUAAAAAAUGAAAUAUCUAAUGUUGAAUUUUCACAAAAUUUUAAGCAUAAAAAAAAUAUAAUUUAUCAUAUUGAAGAAUACUUGAAAAAUGUUAGUAAAAUAUAUACUGAACAAAAAGCCAUGAGAGUAAAAAAAGAAAUGGAACUUCGUAAAAUGUCAAAAUUUGAUUUAUCAAAUGAAUUGAGUAAUAAUGAUUUUUCAAGACAAAAAAAUCUUCAAACAGAUAUAAUUAAUGAUGUUAAUUAUAAAAAUAAAAAUUCAUCAACUGAUUCAAGUCCAUUAAAUAUACAAGAAAUUAAUGGAGAUGUAAAUUUACUUGCUUAUGAUGAAGAUCUACCACCUGAAGAUUUGCAAAUGCUUGAAGCUGAAAAUAAACAACUUUAUAAUGAAUUAAAUACACUAACAGAAGAAGUUAAAAUAAUUGAAAAUAAAGUUGUUCAUAUUGCUCAAUUACAAGAAAUUUUUACUGAAAAUGUUUUAACACAAGAUCGAGAUCUUGAUAGAUUAAUGACAACAGUAGUUGGUGCAACUGAAAAUGUUAAAGAUGCAAAUGAACAAAUUAGACAAGCAAUCCAAAGAAAUGCUAGUCUUCGUGCUUUCAUUUUAUUUUUCAUUGUGGUUAUAUCAUUUUCUCUUUUAUUUUUAGACUGGUAUAAUCCUUGAAUUGAAUUUUCUAAUAAUAUUACCUACA